GGCGUGACGUCACCAGCGGUCCUCUCUAGGAAGCAGCAUCUCCUUCUCCCCUAGUGGAGCGGUGUGCCCGGUGGGGAGCAGCCAUGUAUGUUCUUGUCACCGUGCUGGCCGCGUUGUUCUUCACCUUGCUUCAGAGGCGCUUCAAGAGCAGACGGCCGUGUCUUGAUCCAAAAAGACUGGAUGGCAAAACCGUCCUCAUAACAGGUGGGGCAUCAGGAAUUGGGAAAGAGACAGCCGUUGCUCUGGCAAGACGUGGUGCACGUGUCCACAUCACAAGUCAUGAUGACCAGAAAGGGGGUGCAGCUCUUCGAGACAUCAAAAACGAAAGUGCCAGUAUGAAUGUCCGCUUCUGGAGCCUAAACUUAGCAAAUCUGCAGAGCAUCCGCAAUUUCUGUAAGGAUUUUCUGAAGAAUGAGAGCCGUCUUGAUAUUCUUAUCAACAAUGAUGGUGUGCCCGCGGUGCUAGACUGGACAGAUAAUGGGUUCAGCAAGUGCUUUGGAGUCAACCACCUUGGACCUUUCCUUCUCACCAAUCUUCUAUUAGAACGGCUAAAAAGUUGUUCUCCAAGCCGCAUCGUGAACAUCACGUCUAACGUUCAUAAGUAUCAAAAGCUGGACUUCUCUGACUUAAACUACAACAUAGUGCCGCUGUUCGCCUACUGCCGAAGCAAACUGGCAAAUGUCUACUUUACCCAGGAGAUAGCUCGACAGACGGAGGGGCAUGGAGUGACUGCAUGUGCCGUUCAUCCAGGCUAUGUGGUCGGUGAUUGGACCUCCCAAUUUUCAAUUCUUUUCCGUAUAGUGAUGUAUGUCAUCACAUCCUUGUUCUUUAUUUCAUGUGAGGCGGCGGCUCAGACUGUCAUAUACUGUGCUAUAUCCGAUGACAUUCUCCAGCAUAAUGGCGGCUACUUCUCAGACUGUAAACCCUGCAAGCUGCGUCCCUAUGUGCAGGACGCUGGCAUUGCCAAAAAGCUUUGGGAGGCCAGUGAAGCUAUGGUUGGACUAACUUCUUCUGCAAGAGAACAUCUAGCUACAAGAACAAGAUAGUUGUUUUUUUUUUUUUUUAUAAUAUUGCCUGCUUUGUAUAUAAAGUUGCAUGAAAGUCUACUUUUCCUAUCAAGGCCUUCUGACUUUCAAAGUACCAUUGGAAAACUGUAGAUGAACAACCAUCUUGUCUACAGAACUAUCUGAAGAAUUACGCAGUUUUCUUGCUAGUAGGUCUUGCCAAGAACACCCAUUAUAUGGUUAUUCACAGUGGGAAUGAGAGACCCAGUGGUAUCCGGUACGUGGGUUAAAGUUUUAAGUCUUAAACAUGAUUAGUAUUUAUUGCAUUUCAGGCACGGUUUCUUUUUCACAUUUAGAAAAACAUUGAUUUACCGUAAUUGAUGUUAAUAUAGCAUGUCUGACAUUCCCAGAAACAUUACAGCAGUAUUGUACUUUUUAAACAUGUAGCUCAGUUGCAGCCAUAUAAAUACAGACACACUCUUUUAACUGGUGUACUUUGUAGAAAAUUGACUUCCAAUUUGUGAUAGUAUUAAUUGGGAGGGAGGCUGCAAUAUUUGGUGGAGGAAAUGUUUUCGGCCACAAUUUUGAAAUCCCCAUAUCCCUAGCUCAGGUUUUUCCAAUGGGAAGGGGUUCAUGUGAUAUAUCAUCAGUCUUGGCUAGAAUUUACUCAGAAACAAGUGUCUGUUGUGACCUAUCUUUACAUAUUCAGGAGUUAAGCGAGGCCAAAGUUUCCUAAAGUGCUUUACAUGACUUGUUCAUGUACGGAAGACAGCUGAAGUACAGUCUGCAACAUUGCCAUUGACAGUCUGUCCUGUCCGUCCUCUCUGUACUUCAUGUCUCCUCAUGGACUCCAUUCCUACAGAGAUUCAGCUGAAGAUCUUAUCAGCUGUAUUCAGGAUCAUAACCCCUGACAAGUAGGAGAGGAGGAUGAGGCA